CCUGGACCUCCCGACCUACUUUAGGUUGUAUCGCGAGCAGGAAAAGAGCCGAGAUUCUCUGUCAAUCACGAGCCACACUUGGUCUUUGGGGAUCUAAUAAAUGAUUGACUCGCCCACGUUAGCUUCACUCAAGCUAACGCUAGACGAGGGAAAAAGUGAACGGACCAAACGGAAAUUACAUAAAUUAAACGUUAGUCCACAUUUAUUGCGUUUAUCUGGUAUCUUCUCAACACUGGAGCCACUGCAGAUGGAAUCAAACUUCCUGUUAAAGUUUCAAUUCAUGCGCUUUGGUCAGUUUCUCCCUGCGGGUACCCGUAGUUUCGGUUUGACGCAUGCGCAGUGUUGAUUUUAGCUGUGCACGUGUGUUUGCGGAAGACAGUGUUUGCAUCGGAGAUUUUUGUUUUAUUUUAACACAGAAGAUGGCAAAGUCACAUGCUGCAAAGAAAAGACAAAACACGGACAAGCCGGACAGCAGCACCGAAGGGAAGAGGGGCGGAGAGCCCAGCACGGACACCAGCCCGGCAAAGAAAGCAAAGCUGGUCAGCCACGAAUUUAGUGUUUACAUUGGAAACCUGAACCGCUCUAAACCCCGUGAUGAGGUCAGAGACUCCUUAGCAUCCUAUUUGGUGGCACAGAGCAUAUUGUUUCAAGAUAUCCGCUUGGACAAGUCCAAAAAGCACGCCUUUGUGGAUUUGGCCUCAAAAAUGGACCUUGAUAAAUGUCUGAUGUUGAACGGAGAAGAAGUUCUGGACAUGCCGUUGAAGAUCGAACAAGCUAAGGUCAAAAGUGAGGAAGGAGUGCAGAGAAAAGCUGCCCCAUUAGACAAGAGAGUCAAAGAGGCCCGGAGUUUGUUCCUGAAGAACCUGCCCUUCAACGCCAAGAAACAAGACAUCCUGAAAUUCUUCAAGAAUGCUGUUGCUGUUCGCUUUCCUGGGAAAAGCAAACAACCGAGUCGAGGCAUUGCCUUUGUGGAGUUUAAAAAUACCCGCAUUGCUAAAAGAACUGGAGAUAAAAAUCAAGGCGUGAAGUUCUGCGGCAGAGUUCUGGUUGUGGCUCGAGCCGGAGAAGCAGGCAAGCCUCCAGCCGGAACCGACGAGCAGAAACCAGAUGCUGAACCUUCUCCCAGUAAUGUCCUCCUUCUGAGCAAUGUGGCUGAUGCCGUGAAAGCGAAGCAUCUUCAGAAAACUUUUCAGAAAGCCGUGAAGAUCAGCUUCCAGCAAAGCACAGAGGACGGACUCAGGAACGCACUGAUCGAGUUCCCGUCGGUGGAAGAUGCUGAGGAAGCUUUCCAGACAUCCCAGAAUAGCAAAGAAACAUCCAAAGUUGAAUACUAUCACAGCAGCGGAAGCACAGAAGCAGCUCACGCUGAGGCCAAAACCCUGGUUGUGUUGGGUCUGUCCAAGAGGACGACGGCGAGGAAGCUCCAGAGCGUCUUUGAAGGAGCGCUGAGGGCCCACAUCCCGGUGAACCCGGCCACCGGACUCUCCAAAAGGUUCGGUUUUGUGGACUUUGAGAAUGAAGAAAGUUGUAAAGCUGCCAAAGAGGCCAUGGAAGAUUGUGAGAUAGACGGCAGCAAAGUGACGAUUGCAUUGGCUGAUUCCAAUGGAAAACGAGGACGCCAAAGUUCUGCCGGCCGCACCACGGGAACAUCUGCAGGACGAAGAAAACUCUCUGCUCCCAAAGAAACACAUCAGCCGUCUGAGGCCUCCUGAAGCAUCCCCGGAUCCAAUCAAAGUUCCUUUGAAAUCUCAAUCUUUCGGCCUGUUUGCUGUAUUUUCGUGCCCAGUAUGUUCAAACAAAUGGUGAAAGUUUUUGACUUGAACUGAAAUAUAUUUUAGAACAAACCAGA